CCCAGAAAGGCGUCGUUGACUAUUCAUGAGCCCGAAAGGGUUUGGGCUCGAAAAGGCCGUUGGGCAUCCUUGUGAGAGAUCUGAGAGAGACCUCGAGGAGCUGAGGUUUGACUUGUUAAAAGAAUCUUGAUACAUUACUACAAUGGCCACUGCUCAGCUCUCUCGCUCUAUCAAAAUUCACAAAGCAUCUAAGGAAACAGUUUUUCCAUCCCAAAUCACUAAUGAGCAUGCGUCAUUGAUAAUGGUGAAGAAACUUUUUGCUACUUCUAUCUCAUGUAUAACAUAUCUAAGGGGCCUGUUUCCAGAGAGCUCUUAUGGAGAACGCCAUUUGGAUGACCUCAGUUUAAAAAUACUUCGAGAAGAUAAAAAAUGUCCGGGGUCACUGCAUAUUAUCAAAUGGAUUCAAGGCUGUUUUGAUGCUUUGGAAAAGAGAUACCUACACAUGGCAGUACUUACACUUUACACAAAUCCUAAGGAACCUGAGAAAGUGACUGAAAUAUACCAGUUCAAAUUCAAAUACACAAAAGAAGGAGCCACUAUGGAUUUUGACAGUAGUAGUACAAGCUUUGAAAGUGGGACAAACAGUGAAGAUGUUAAGAAAGCCAGUGUUCUACUGAUCCGCAAAUUGUACAUACUAAUGCAGAACCUUGGACCCCUUCCUAAUGAUGUUAUACUUACUAUGAAACUCCACUACUAUAAUGCAGUGACUCCUCAUGAUUACCAACCCCCUGGUUUUAAAGAAGGGGUAAAUUCACACUUCCUGCUGUUUGAGGGGGAGCCUGUAAACCUGCAAGUGGGAUUGGUCUCCACUGGCUUUCAUAGCAUGAAAGUAAAAGUCACAACUGAGGCCACCAGAGUGUCUGAUUUGGAGAACAAUCUCUUUCAGGAGAACAGCACAACUGAGAUUGCCCAUCAGGGUCUAGACUUUGAUGAGGAAGAAGAAGAAUGCAGCAAUCAUAUUCAAAGAAUGAAUUUUGUGUGCAGUCAGCAAAGUUCUCAGAGCUCCAGGAAGAAGAGGAAGGUCAGCGAACCAGUGAAAGUCUUCAUCCCUGACAGAAAAUGAAAGUUAGAUACCUUCACUGCAUUUAUUCUAAAAUAAUUUUAUUUUACAACAAACAUGCAUGAAGUGUCUUAAUAGGAAAGUAAGUUCCUGUCACCAAAAUCUUUUACUAAAUUUGUUGCUCAACUUUUUUAGUCAAUUUACUAAGUGCUAACUUACUGAGUAGAGCAUGGGUUCACUUUGUCACAAGAAAACAAGGUUACUGGGGCUGCCUUGGGAUAGCAUUACUUUAAGGCUGAGUUAGAGACAAGACAGCCUUUAUAUUUGUAAAAGAACCACAGCAGCUAUUUUGAAAAGACAUAAGCUGUUGUUCUCAAAGGAAGGAGGGUUUUCUUUGCAUAACUAAACUCCCCAGGUAUUUAGACUACUGUGAAAUGUUGUAACUUGUUGUAACCUGUGUACUGGAACCCUCUAUAGCUUUAUUAGAAUUCCCACAGACUUGCAUGGAUGUAUGCGGUGGUGCUUAUGCAGGUGUGAUUUUUAUGUUAACUUCAAUCACGAGAUUGAUCAGCCAAGUGUUGGACCAAAGUGUACUCUCCCUGUAAAGUUCCUCAAAUCUGGCCUGAUGCCCUGCUCUGUUGGCCAACCUGAGACAGGCAAUAGGCUGCAAUGCAGAAGACUGGCUCCCUUCUUAAGGCCCACGUUGAAUGCUUCCCAACAAACACUUCAGUUUAUCAGUCUGUAACCUGCAGACUGUUCAUUCCCUCAUUCUGAGGGAAUUUUGACAGACUUAAUGAUUAGUAUUAUAUGAAUAAUAAGUGACUGAAAGUGUUUUUAUUAUUUAGUAACAUGCAAUUUAAUAACUUAAUUUAAAUGGAUAGGACUUCAAUAAGCUAAAUGUUGAAUAUGUGUGCUUUCCAGUUAAAUAAAACCAAAAUGCACAGUA